AUGGCCGCGGCCGCGCCGAGGGCGGGGCCACCGCCCGCGGAGGCCCUGCUGCAGAGCGAGGGUCCCUGCCUCGCGCUCAGCGCCUGCCUGCGGGAAGCGGCCUGCGGCCGCCUAAGGUGCGCGGCGCGCUGGUGCCUCUCGCCAGAGGCGGUGCCCGGCACCCGUCGCGCGCUGGCGGCCAGGCGCUCGGUCGGCCGGCUGUUCGCGCUGGUCGAGGUGGCGCUGCGAUCGGACGCCAAGGGCAACCACGUCCAUUCCGGCCCAGCACCGCGGGUGCGGCUGGAGGACUUGCGGGCCAGGGUGCUGGCUCGCACCGCGGGCGCCGAGGAGCUGGACGACAAGAGGCUCGGCCAGGUCCUCGCCGUGGCCAGGGGCAUGAUCCAGGUGUUGGAGCCGCAGCAGGGGGAGGUCGUCCUGGCACUGUGCGUCGGUGGCGAGGAGCGGGUGCCGUCCACGACGGAGCUGGCCGCGCGGUGCAGGUGCUUCGAGGCCGCCAUGGCCGGCAUUACGGAGGAGCUCGCGGUGGGCCAGGUGCCGUGCGUGCCAGUGCCAUGCGCUGCUCCCAGCGGCGCCGGCCCGAGGCGGAAGCUCAAGAGGACGUACUCGUGCUCCGAGAAGUGGAGCUUCGCCAGCCCCGUGCAGUGGGAGCUGGUGGGGCCGCGCGCUGCCAAGUACGAAUCGGACCGGCAGCAGCUGGAGGUCGCCGAGCUGGCGGAACGUGCGGUGUGUGGCGCGGAGCUGGCCUGCAGCGUCGCGGAGGAGCUCCUCGAGAGCUCGGGAGGCCGCGUCGACGAGGAGCGGCUGUUCAAGGAGCUGCAGAAGCGCGCCAGCUACCUGAGGCUCCAGCCUCGCGCGAGGAUCUCGACGCUGGGGAGGCCGCACGACAAGAGGGAGGCCCGCGCGUGGAUCUCCACGCUGGUGGCCCUCGUGGAGGCGGAGGGCUCGGAGUGGUUCUCGGUCGUCGAUGCCGCCAGGACUACGCCCGCCUCAUCCAAGACAGUCCUGCAGCGGGGGGCGGCGAGUGCCGCGACGCACCCCGGGGCCGCGCUGCGCGCGCAGGCCGGCGCCCUCCAGGCCAGGAGUCAGGCGCUCACCCGCCAGGUGCACGGCGCGCUGGUGGGGGCGAUACCAACCGAGAGCCCAGGGCCGCCCGGG